CGAUACCAAUAAGACAUUCACUUGGCCCUUAACCUUAGUUUUUCAUUCGUACCUUUUUUCUCACUUUUCUUUGGUACAAUAAAAAAAUAAUUAUUAUUUGGAAACCCGUGGAAGUUUAAACGAGAAGUGAAAGAAGACGCAUUACAACGAUCUUGAUCGAGGGAGGAGCAGCUACUCCUGAAUUGAUUUCAAAGAAAAGCUAGAAGUAAAAGAAAGCAGGCAGUGGGCGGAGCCACCCGCGCUAUAUGUAGCGCUUUCAAAGCGCUGUCACUUCAUUCUGACAUCAGUCCGAGCGGAGCAGGAGAGGUCUCUGUCGAGAUAUAACGCUGGAAUAAAUCAAUGGGAGUUCAAAAACAGCCGACUGUGGAAACGGCGACGAGAGUUUGUCAAAGGCGAAGUUUGACUGCUCUUAAAGUUCACUUUCGCUAAAACGACAGAUGAAUCUCAUCUAGAUGACCUUCCUGUGGUACGGCAUGGAAGACCACACCGGUUGGUCUUUCCUGUAGGAUGGUGGCGCACAGUUCAUUGGAAGGGAAUCAAGGCACAGAAGAACCCCAAGUGAGGACAGAAGCCUCCCCGGAGGUCUCCCAAUCCCAGCGGCCCAGGCCCGGCCAGCUGGCAGAGGUUAUCCAGACACAUUUCAGGCCCUUCAAUUACGCCAGGGACUUCAAGAUCAUCGCGAAGACCACCUCAAUGCUAGAGGAGAGCGGCUUCUACUGGGGUCCCAUGACCGUGGAGGAAGCGCAUCAGAAGCUGAAGAAGGAGCCAGUGGGAACGUUCCUGAUCCGGGACAGUCGUCAGACCGACGUUUUCUUCACACUGAGUUACACGGCACAAAACAGUCCCAUCAGCGUCCGGAUUAACUUCAAGAAUUCCAAAUUCAGCCUGACGGGCAGCAAGCAGUCCUUCGACUGUCUUUUCAAGCUGCUGGAGCACUACAGCAGCUCCCCAAAGAAGGGUCUCGUCAGGCCCUACAGGAAAGAACCGGUGCAGUCCCUGCAGCAGCUGUGCCGCAGACGGAUUAUCGAAACAUGCGGAGGAAAAAACAUCGACCGCAUCCCAGUGCACCCGAUCCUCAAAGACUUCCUCCAUGCCUUCCCCCAUCCGCUAUGAAGACGGGACUCGUUGCAUUAAAGCGCUGCUGGAAUAUUCUGGAGAUACUUGAUGGACUCCUCGUGGCCCUGCUCUGUUCUAGGACGCAGGAAUCAUACUGUAGCACAUUCUGGAAUAUCAGACUCGAACACUGCACAAUGAAAGUUUACAUUGUUCGUGAAUGUUUACACUAUACGGGAACAUUGUGUUCCUCCGAUUAUAUUUCUGCUAUGCAGAAAGAUUUAUUUCAAGAUAAUACUUUUUAUAAAAAUAAUAAAUAUAUUUGUAAACAACUUAAAA